UACAGAACAGGAGGUGAGCUCACAGUUCUUGGGAGUAAAAAAAAAAAAAUUGUUGGGAGUAAACAGAAACUUCGCGCUUCUCUGGAAUAUUUUACUUGUAUUGAUUUAACGAAUUAUAAUAUUUUGUAAUGCGGUGUUGUUGAUUAUUGACGAUACGUGUUCUGAGUGUUUUUAUAAGGAAAUAUAACAUCAAACACAGCUGUUAUCGGCGAACGUUCAAGGUGAAUGGCGAUYCUUUUGCAUUUAUUCAUACUGUAUCAACUGCUUCCCUGUGGAAACUUUGCUUGUAUGAGAAAGUUAUUACACACCACAGGGACGGAGGACCAGUCAAAAGAAGUUUUUGUGCAAGAGGAGCAGGCAAAUGCAUUCUUAGGACGCCAUCUAUUGGCCAACCGAUUUGACUUUGAGCUCUUCACUCCUGGGAAUUUGGAGAGGGAGUGCUUUGAAGAAGUCUGCAGCUAUGAGGAAGCACGAGAGGUCUUUGAAAAUGUCCCUCAGACUGAGGACUUCUGGAAAAAGUACACCGAGGAUGAGGACACGCGGCCAUCGCGGCUGGAUGUGACUGCCCUGCUUGUGGGUCUGAUCGCGGCAGGGGUGGCCGUCGUCAUCUUCGGCAGCCUGCUGGUCUGGUACUUCUGCCAGGGGAGUUGUAAAGAUAACCUCUCACGUGCAGGCUCUGUUAGGGUGCGUCCAAGGCGCAGUAAUGCCUCGCUCAUGCGGAGACUGGAUGAGGUCUCUCUGCAGCCUGUGCUCCUGCCCCCGCCGGAGGAGAUUGACCCCCCAGGCCUGCCCUCCUAUGAGGACGCCAUCGGCAAAACCGGAACGCACGACGCCCCACCUCCUCCUUACCCUGGGUCUCAACCUGGAAGUAUUCGACGAUAGCACCUUCCACCUCGCUGGAUGAAUGUCUCCAUAUGAGCACAUCAAAUGCUACUAAAGAGGUUUAGAUCUAUUACUUUACAUGGUUGUUCUCCACCGUGCAUGUUCCAGAUGUGAUUUUAUUGUAAUACCUUGUGAUAAUUGUAGAUCUGUGUGACUGAUUACCUCUUUUACCUCUUCCGUUACCUGCAAUUCGAGAUGUUUAGCAUAUUUAUCUAUUGUACAAAUGUUUAGCAAUUUUUCUGCAUGUGCCAAAAUUGAUUUAUUCCUCAUCACUUAUUCCUCACUUAUGUCAACUUUUGAGUUGGACCUGCUUCAACCCAUAACCCGUAACACUUGACAUGAUAUACUUAGUUUAACUGUAACCUGUCAACUGCUCUGCUUUUAUGAAUGGAAAAUGAAGCAUGAGAAACCGUAUUGAGUAUAUACCUGUGUAGGCUGCUGAGGGAGGACGGAUCAUAAUAAAGGCUGGAACGGAUCGAAUGGAAUGGCAUCAAGCACCUGGAAACCAUGUGUUUUGUAUUUAAUAUCAUUCCACUGAUUCCGCUCCAGCCAUUACCACGAGCCCGUCCGACCCAAUUAAGGUUGCCACCAACCUGUGGUAUACACACAAGUCUGCCUACUACUGUAGCCUGUUGGUUAAUGACACAAUAUGAGCAUAGUGUUAGGACAGACUGAAGAAUUGACACUUCCACAUUCUCUGAAUCAUAUUAGAUGUACAGUGGCUUCUAAAAGUAUUGGGACAGUGACAAUUUUUUUUGUAGAAAGUUAGAUGCACAAAUAUCAUCCCCCCCCCAACCU